AUGAGCGACGACUCCAUUGCGGUGCAGCGCCUGCGACAAGAGCGCAAGAACUGGCGACGGGACCACCCGGCGGGGUUCUGGGCCCGGCCUGUCGCGAGCGAAGACGGGUCGCUGAACCUCAUGCUGUGGCACGCGGGGAUCCCGGGCAAGGCCGGCACGGACUGGGAGGGCGGCGUGUUCAAGAUGUCGCUGGGCUUCUCCGAGGACUACCCGAGCAAGCCACCGCUCGUGAAGUUUACGCCGCCUCUGUACCAUCCGAACGUGUAUCCAUCCGGUACCGUCUGUCUCAGCAUACUAAACGAGGACAAGGACUGGAAGCCCAGUGUGACGAUCAAACAGAUCCUCAAGGGCGUGCAGGACCUCUUGGACCAGCCCAACAUGGCCGACCCGGCGCAGCGCGAGCCGUAUAUGGACUUGAAAAACGAUCCGGAACUGUACAAGCGCAAAGUGCGUCAAUUGGCGCUGAAGAACCGCGAGAGUUAG